CCCAUAUUUUUCAUCUUCAUCACUUCAGUGAGGCUGUGAGCUGGGGCACUGACUUUAUUCACUUCGGUGAUUGGACUUCAUUUACCCGGAAUGUGGUACAUUUAGUACAAACUAGCUACGUGUAUUACUAGCUAAUAUCAGUUGUAAUACAUUUUCGUUGUCAACUUUUUCUGUCAACAUUCGCGAUGGGAUUACGCAUCUUUGGAGCGCCACUUUGGGCAUAUGCGUGCGUCUGUUUGUUUGUUUCACUUCUGCACGCAGUUCAGUCCCAAUCAGAUGCAUCUGGUGCGCAAACGAGCUCGCAGAGAGCACCUCUGAGACAGACACUGCAGUGGUCCCACAAUGGCAAACUUUUUAGCAUUUUGAGCCAGGGAUCCGAGUACCACCCGGCGAGGAGGCGAGGCGCAGCACGGGGCCCAGUGGAUUCACAAACUGUCACCAUCAUCCGGGACGAAGCGAGCGAACAGCAUCAUCGACAGCAGCAGCAGCGCUCCAGGCCAGCCUCCAGGCUGCCGGUCAAUCUCGAGAGGCUCCUCAUGGAAAAUACGCACCAAGCCGAGCGCGCACACGCGCGCAGGAAUAGCUCGGCCAAUGAAACGGAUUACAAGCCCACCGUGGCUCCCCGGGCACCUCGAAGGGACGACAUGAUGGUCGGUGAUGACCCCUAUGAUCCAUACAAGUCAAUCGACUACGAAAACCCUCAUUAUAACCACUAUGAUGUUUAUGACCGGCCCGGAAGGAGACAGAGACCAGGGUAUGGCACCCGGUACCACCAAUAUGGUCUCCCGGACCUGGUUCCUGACCCAUACUACAUGCAAUCUUCUAUCUAUGUUCAGAGAGUGCCCAUGUACAGCUUGCGGUGUGCGGCUGAAGAAAACUGUCUGUCCAGCUCAGCAUACAGGUCCAGUGUUCGGGAUUAUGACACACGGAUGCUGCUGAGAUUCCCACAGAGGGUCAAGAACCAGGGCACGGCUGACUUUCUCCCCAGCCGACCACGCUACUCCUGGGAGUGGCACAGCUGUCACCAACAUUACCACAGCAUGGAUGAGUUCAGUCACUAUGAGCUACUGGAUGCCAGCACUCACCAUUCAGUGGCAGAGGGUCACAAGGUCAGCUUCUGUCUGGAGGACACUUCCUGUGACUAUGGUUACUACCGCCGCUACGCGUGCACCGCCCACAAGCAGGGUCUGAGCCCAGGAUGCUAUGACACUUACAAUGCGGAUAUUGACUGCCAGUGGAUUGACAUCACAGAUGUGAAACCUGGAAACUAUAUCCUCAAGGUCAGUGUGAACCCCCAGUAUUUAGUCCCAGAAAUUGACUACAGCAAUAACAUUAUACGCUGUGAUGUCCGCUACACUGGUAAUCAUGCCUCUGUGUCAGGAUGUCACAUGUCACCGUAUUAGAAGAUGGCCCUGGUCCUGGAGAAGAAAAGUCAAGAGGAAAACAAAUUGUAUUUAGGAUGUUUGCAACUGGAGAAAAUAAAUAAAUUAUAACAGACUAUGGCUAUAGUUGUUGGAAAUUUGUACUAUGUAAAAUCUAUUACCUUGUAUACUCAGCUUCAUGUACACUAUCAACAUACACUCAUGUAAAACAACUGUAAAUUGUGAUAGGCCUUUAUUUACACAUAUUAAAAUAUAACUAGUUUGACUUGAAUAAAACCUACUUGAACUUGUAA